AUGAAGCGCAAGACACGAAAAGCUGUGGUACACUUCGCGCUCUUCUUUGGUGCUCUGCUUCUCAUUUUAGUUCUGAACCGGCCAGAGGCACGCGGCAAGAAAUUCGCAUGGGACAGGGUCCGGUACCAGACGACGGCCACCGAGCUCCCCGAGGCGCGCGGUAUCUGUCUCGGCCUGGCGACCACCUCCAAGCCUGCUCUGGUCGUGUCGCGGGUGAGCUCCGAUGGCGACAUCAAAUGGUCGGAUGGUCUCUCCGACCUCUACCACCGCUGUGUCUACACAGCCGAUGCGCCGCGGGACCAAACCUCCGCGCACCUGCAAGUCCCCGAGAACCGAGGCCACGAGGCCAUGGGGUACUUGACGUUCCUCAUCGAUAACUACGAUCAGAUCCCCGACGCCGGCGCGGUGUUCGUCCACGGAGCGCGCUGGGCGUGGCACAACGAUGCCCCUGACUACGACAACCAUUCUCUCCUCUCGCGGCUCAACGUCACGAAUGCGCUGGCCGUCUCGGGCUAUCACAAUCUGCGCUGCGACUGGAGCCUCAGUACCUGUCCUGCGUCUUCACCGCCGCAGGGGAGCUUGGAGACCUCCUCGCAGGCCUAUCUCUCGCCCUGGGACUAUCGAGCCGUGUCCGACUCCCUCUUGCCCGUUGGGCUGACGGCCAUCUUCGGUGGUGGCCAGGGCCCAGCUGCCGCUGCCGCACUCGAUGUAUACCUGGGCCGAACCCGGACCGUCCGCUCCCAAUGCUGUGCCCAGUUUGUUGUUUCCAAGCAGAGCAUCCGUAGGCAUUCCCGCGCCGAGUACGUGGCCCUCCGGCAGUGGCUGCUCGACGGGAGCCGCUCCGGCAACAACAACAACAACAGCAACUACAACAAGAACGCCGCGCCAGCGGACGACAGGAUUGCCGGCCGGAUCUUGUCGUACGUCUGGCACAUCUUGUUCAUCACGCAGAGCGACUCCGACGUUGCUGCUGGCGUCGUCAGUCUCGAGCAGCUGAACUCCCAGGCGUGUCCUCGUGCCGACGAGUGCUAUUGUCGCCUCUAUGGCAGAUGCAACCUCGAGGGCUGUACCGCUCCUGGUAGUUGCCACGGGCAGUAUGAGCUGCCCCCGAAGCUGAUGCUUCCUGACGACUGGGCCGCCACCCACUCGGGGCUUUGA